GUCGAUCGCGGAAAACAACAAGGCGUCCGCACGUAUUUCGUGUGGCGUGUCAGCGUAAUGUUGAAAUUAUGUUGCGUCUACAGCACCGGAGUGCUUUCUAUGCUUAUCUUGAUCGCGGGCAUUUCGCUGGAGUUGUCCAACGUGUUCCCAGACAUGCUGCGCUCGUUUGCGAGGAAGGAAGUAGUGUUGAAAAAUGGCACAGAUGCAUUUGAAGCCUGGAAAAAUCCACCCCCACCUGUAUACAUGCAGUUCUAUUUCUUCAAUUUGACCAAUCCCCUCGAAGUUAUAGAUGGGGGAAGGCCAGCUGUGGUAGAGAUUGGGCCCUACACUUACAGGGAAUACCGUCCUAUGGAGCAAAUCCAGUUCUUGGAUAAUUACACCAAAGUAGCCGCUGUCAACACCAAGACCUACAUAUUCCAGCCAAACAUGUCUCGAGGACCAGAGAGUGAACUCAUCAGGACCGUGAACAUCCCUGCCAUGACAGUAAUGGAGAAAACUAAGGACAACUAUGUUGUUGCUCAGCUAAUGUCAGCCUACAUGAGAGCCAAAGCUGUAGGCCUGUUUUCCACCCACACAGUAAAAGAACUUCUUUGGGGGUACCAGGAUAGCCUUCUCAAAGACAUAAAAAUCUUGCUUCCUGACACAGAUGAUGUCUUUGGACUCUUCUACAAGGCCAACGCCUCCAAUGAUGGAGAUUAUGUGUUCUUCACUGGUCAGCAAAACUCUGAAGACUUCGCCAGAGUUGAUACAUGGAAUGGUAAACGCUCAUUGCAAUGGUGGACAACAGAUGAGUGCAACAUGAUCAACGGAACCAAUGGAGCUUCCUUCCACCCAGUCAUCAACAAGGAUGAAACACUCUACAUGUUUUCCUCUGAUCUUUGCAGGUCUCUGUAUGCACAGUAUGUGGAGAAUGUGAGAGUAAAAGGGAUCCCUGGUUAUCGUUUUGUUCCACCAAGUGAGGUGUUUGGGAACUUGACAGUAAACCCAGGGAACGCAGGGUUCUGUGUCCCUGCUGGAAACUGCCUGGGGUCUGGCCUGCUCAAUGUCAGUGGAUGUAAAAAAGGUGCUCCAAUCAUUAUGUCUUCACCACAUUUCUACCAGGCCGAUGAGAAAUAUGUUCUUGAUGUAUUUGGGAUGAAGCCUAAGAAGGAACAGCAUCAAACUACUAUUGACAUCCAUCCGCUUACAGGCAUAGUCCUGCAGGCAGCCAAGAGGCUCCAGAUCAAUGUGUAUGUGCAGAAACUCCCCAGCUUCAGCCAAACUGGAAAUGUAAGGACUUUGGUAUUCCCGGUGGUUUAUCUAAAUGAGAGUGUUGUCAUCGAUGAGGGGUCAGCGAAGAAGCUGAUGCCGGUUGUUACUGAAGAGGCCAUCCUGACAAACAUUCCUAUCAUUCUCAUCUGUCUUGGAAUCCUUCUGGGAGCCAUCUUCAUGUUUGUUAUGUGUCGGCAAAAAAUACAAAAGACUACUGAUCCUGAGCGACAGCCCCUGCUGCAUUCAUAGGACCACAUGGAUGCGAAAAUUUUGAGGGAAGAUUGCCAUGCGUGAUGAAGAAUGGUUUCUUUGUGUAAAAGGUUCAUUCACUAAACAACUCUUGCCUGCACCUCUCCAAGCAACAAGUUUCCCAUCUUAACCUCAAUUCACUUUUAAUGUGUCUCAGUACUCUAAAAAGAGGGAGAUAUUUCUUCUUUUUGAAUAAUUUUUUAUGUAAAUGUUGAUCUAAACACAAUUGAAAUUGUUAUAAAAUUCAUAACUCAAUAAUGCCUGGAAAUAUUGGAUUUUCCCUUGGUAGGAACUCAUAUCUCUGGCAACACAAAGUAAUGAAAUAGUCAAACUUGUUUUUGCCAUGAUUGAUUUAAAUGUGUGCAAUGAUUUGGAGAGUCAGGUAACAUGGUGUGUGCCUUUGGAUAGCUGCCAUAAUCAGGGUUAACAGUGAGACACUAUUGAUAAUAUUGCACUGAUGUUAACCUUUUAGAUAGGUCAUAUUCAAUUUGAACUUAUGGCUUUAGCUGUGUGCCCUACUGCAGAAACAGUCAAUAUUUGGAGUUGAUUUGUAUUACUGGAUACCAAAUACCUAAACAGGUCUGGAGUUAUGAAACCUUCUGACAGCCAUCAAAUUUGUUUCAUAAUAUCCUCAGCACUAAAAUUGACCUCUUGUUUUGCUGCUUUAAUGUUGGCUAUACAUUACUGGACAUAAGACUUUAUACCUAUUAUCAAGACUAAUAAUUUCAUUUAUAUAGCACACCCAGGCACCCAAAGCGCUUCACAUUGAAGGGGGUAACUCACUUCAACCACCACCAAUGUGUUGCACUCACCUGGGUGGUCCAGGGCACCCAUUUUGCACCAGAACGCUCACCACACAUCAGCUUGAGGUGGAGAGGGAGGAAUCAUUAUGCCAGUUACAUGGGGCGGAUGGUUAGGUGGCCAAAUGGAGACAGCCAGGAUGGGAAUUUUGCCAAGACACCGGGGAACCCCCUCCUCUUUACGAUAAGUGCCAUGGGAUCUUUAAUGACCGCAGUGAGUCAGGACCUCAGUUUAGCGUCCCAUCCAAAGGACAGCAUCUCCUACAGCACAGUGUCCCCGUCACUGC